GGCCUCGCUCGGUCGUUUGUUGUCAUCGUCCGGGGUACAUUUCACUAAAAAGUGGAUGUAAUGAUAGAUUACGGCUUGCAAUCUUAUCUAUGGAAAAUAACGCUUCUGUAGCAGCAACACAGUUUUUUGUUUUUAUUUUGAUUGAUAUUCGAACGCGGAAGUAGUCGGUCAAGUCAAGUGGCUCGCUGUUGAAACUCGGAUUGUGAAACAUGUCUUUUUGUUUUUUCAGAAAAGUCUAAAAUUGUCUAAAUUAUGGUGAAUAACUCUUCGACCCCGUAAAAAGGAAAGUAAAACCUAGCGAUGGCCUCGAGAGGCGAUAAAGGGAACGGAAAUGGCGAGGAGCAGAUUGUUGAGACACUGGCAGAGGUGUUCCGAUGCUUCAUCUGUAUGGAGAAGCUGGUGGAUGCCCACCUUUGUCCGCACUGCUCGAAGCUGUGCUGCUACGCAUGCGUGCGGCGGUGGCUGACAGAGCAGAGGUCCCAGUGCCCGCACUGCCGCGCGGCGCUUCACCUGCACGAGCUGGUCAACUGCCGCUGGGUCGAGGAGGUCACACAGCAGAUUGAAACUAUGCAACAGAGUAACUCGGUCACCCAGCGAGAGAACUUCAGGGAUCGGUGCCCUACUCAUCAAGAGAAGCUGACUGUGUACUGCUGGACAUGUCGCCGCUGCAUCUGCCAUCAGUGCGCUCUAUGGGGCGGCACACACUCGGGACACACUUUCAAGCCGCUGGAAGAGGUGUACGAGCAGCACGUGACGCAGAUACGCGACGAGGUAGCCCAGCUGCGCCGACGCCUCUUGGAGCUUAUCAGUCUCGUCCGGGAUGUGGAGCGAAACGUAGAAUCCGUGAGAGCAGCGAAAGACGAGCGCGUCCGUGAGAUUCGCAACGCUGUGGAACUAAUGAUCUCGCGGCUGGACUCCGCGCUGAAGGCCAAACUCCUUACACUGAUGGGUCAGAAAAACAGUCUCACGCAGGAGACCGAGCAGCUUGAGCACUUGCUACAAGAGAUUGAACAUCAACUACAUUCCAGUACAAGGUCGGAAAUGAUAGCCAAAAGCGGCGAACUGUCAAAGAUGAUUCAUCAAAUUCGCAAGAAGCCGAUGGCUAGUUUCGUGACCGCACCCGUGCCGGCUGAUUUUCAUAGUGAAAUCGUGCCAAGUUACGACAGCAGUACUUUUCCGUUAACGAACUUCACGCAAUUACAACAUGCGGCGGCGCCGGUGUACUCAGCUCCGUUGCACGUGAACGGUCUGUGCUGGCGCUUGAAGGUCUACCCUGACGGAAAUGGCGUCGUUAGGGGGAACUAUCUGUCUGUCUUCUUGGAACUCAGCGCCGGAUUGCCGGAGACCUCUAAGUACGAGUACCGCGUGGAGAUGCUGCAUCAAGUAUCUCGCGAUCCUUCGAAGAACAUCGUGCGCGAAUUCGCCUCCGAUUUCGAGGUCGGCGAAUGUUGGGGCUACAACCGCUUCUUCCGACUUGAUCUACUCGCUAGUGAGGGGUACCUCAACCCCGAAACAGACACACUUAUACUCAGGUUUCAAGUGCGUCCACCAACAUUCUACCAGCGCUGUCGCGACCAGCAGUGGUACAUCAAUCAGCUUAUCACAAUGCAGAACCAGCACAUUCUGCAAAUCAAUGAUCUCAAAGAGCGUCUCUCCUUAGAGAUGUCUCGCAACUCGAUAGCAGCGACUCGAGCUGCCGCGCCUAAUAGCGCUAACCCGACGCAAUCCAACAACAACAACGGGAACGAAGCCGACAAUCCCUCGCAGAACAAUCCAGUCGAUGGAAACAGCCUUAGCGAUUCAAUCGUGUACGGACAAUGGAAGUUCACCACCCCGCACAGCGUUAUUAGCAGCCAAAGGCUUACAAGUCCAAGCGUGCUGAACACGGCAAUGUUCGCGGACGACACGCGCAACAACGACGUUUGCGCAGCCGUGGCGGGAGGUGCCGGCUUCGGCUAUGGCGACUAUGCGCAGGCGCUGGACCGCCGCCUCGCCGCGCCUCUUACUUCCGCCAGCGCAGCGCAGUACAACCUGCCCUCUACCUCAAGGUCGGCGAACUCUUUACAUGUGUCGGGGGCGGACAAUAUGGCGCUAGUCAGCCUGCAUACGCUGCUGUCCGCCGCCAACGCGCCCAGUCGCGUGCCCAGCAAGCUGGCCAGCAGGCAGCCGCGACAUGACAAACAACAGGUGCCCAACAAGGAAUCCACACUUACUGCUGUGGCAAGUUCACCCGUGACGGAGGUAUCAGCUGCAGUAAACAACGCCGAGCUAUGUUCGUCCAUAUCGUCCCCCGAACUUAACACGAAUGUGGGAAGGAAUAAAAACGAGGCAGCAGGCUCCGGAGACCCUCCCAGUGAGGGCCAGCUCGAGAGCCCCAAUGCCACUCAGACAGUGCAUGCCGCUUCCGAGUCGAGCAGUGACACUGGCGAUUUAAUGUUCAGCGAACUGGAAGUAUUCGCCGACGAGAACAACGCCAACAACGUCGACGACAACUCCAACGAAGAGAACGACGUCGACGACGAAACCAUGUCCGACGGGUCGUCGGCGUCGGGGUCCUGCGAGUGGUGCGGGCUGGCGGAGUCGCCGACGUCGCUGUGCUCGGAGGAGUCGCCGGCGCACCGCGCGUACUGCGCGUACCGGCGCGCGCCCGCGCACCGCCACCAGCCAUACGCGCGGCCGCACAACGCGCAUGCGCACGCGCCGCUGCACGGCCACGCACCGCACCCCCCGCACGCCCCGCACCCCGCCCACCGCAACCACAGUCACAGCGAGAACGACAUUGAAGGCGCGGUCGGCGGUACCGAGGACGUGGAGGGAUCCGAUAUCCUCAGCCGUUUGCUAUGUGCUGUCCAUGGACGGAGCAACCACAGCAUGGAAAGGACCCCGGCAGGCACAGACGGAUCUGUCCCGCCCCAUACCUCGCCGCAAUUACGUCACGAAAACGAUCCUCAAUUAUCUACUGCGGCGCACACGGAUAUGUUAUUGCUCAAUUUGAUGCGCAUGAACGGGUUGACACCAAAGCAUUCCAAACAUGGUCCAAAGCGUCAUUGGACUCAAACAGAGUUAGCGAUGCCGACGUCGUCGACAUACUACAACAAUUACUUAACACCUCAUGUGCGCGGUGAGGCUGUACCGCGCAUCACUCGGCGCGAGGUGCUCGGAAUCCGUGCUAACAACAGUCGCUGCAGACCUGUCAGAAAUCUCCUCGGCCAUUCGCCUAACUCCCCCAGCACACCAAAGAACACGCGCCCGCCUAAUCUAAUCCGAAACCCUGAUGACGGACGCUUUAACGACCCACCAGCUACAUGCGGCGCGUGCGCAGGCAUGAUGCCCGUACUUGGCGGGACACCCCCAGGCACUCCGGGCAGUCCGAGCACCGCCGAGCGCGCGGUGACGUCACCACAUUGCAUCCCUCUACACGACUACUGGCCUUCGGUCUCCAGCAUCUCCGAUAAUGAUGAGGUCCACGUCCUUUCAGAAUACAACGAAUCCCUAUUUGACAUGCUUUUGAGCAGCCUCUCGAUCGACGGUGCACAAGGCCAGAGUGAAGUGGGUGAUGAUCGUCCUACCACGCCGCCAGUGCAGCCAUGGAGCCCCCCUUCAGCUCCUCCCAACCAGCAUAAGGAGACACCGGAUGUCGAUUGACUACAAGACUACCGGCCUGCUCAAAGUAACCACUGGCGCGAAAAUGAUUGGCAAGGUAAUGACUGGCAAUUGAUCAACCAGGAGAAUGAGGUGCAAGUGAACAGGCAUCAUCGCCGCGAGUACAUCCACUAAGUUUGUUGGAUAUUUUAUUUUAAGUUGUGUCGUUGCUGUAUUGAUAUGGAGCUGAAUCUUAAGGUAGCGUUGGUUUAAUUUUGCGGCGGUUUAUUUUUUGCUUAAAAUUAUUAAAAUGUGAAAAAAGAUAGUAAAAGGAAAACGAAGACGAUAACGUAAACGGUUCUGUUAAAUGACUUGAUAUUGGAAGUUACAACACAGUUUCAUAAUAAAGACUGGUCGGUAAUGUCUUUUGAUUGCUUCUAUGCAGUGAAUGAUUCUGCUGAUGUGGUUACAAAUUAGAUGCGAAGAUCUUUAUUUUUUAUUUUAACAUGGGUAGUGCCACUUGUAGAACGUUAAGAAUUUGAAUUUAUAUAUAACAUCUAUAUGUAGAAUAUGAUGUCACUAUAUAUGCGAAGUCUUAAAGUAAUCUCUGUGAUUUUGUCAUGUAAAAUUUUUAUGAGUUGUGUGUUGUGUUAGGCAUUAGAUAGAAUACUUAAAAUUUUAACGAUCUCUGAUAUUUUUAUUUUUAUUAAAAGUAAUG